CCUGGCAAAUGGCAAGCAGUCGAGCGAACGACUCCGUUGCGAACGCGUCCACAGAAGCUGAGUUACUGAAGAGCCACGCGUUGUCCGUUACCGUUUCCGUUUCCACCAGUUACCAGUUUGAAUAAAAGUUCUGAGCUACUGAGUACUGAGUCCUGUGCACCUUUCGAUUCGAGUGAUUCGUGAUUCGAUUCGUGAGUGAGUCCGUGUUCCGGCACCCCUGCGGUCGUUGCCGCUGAUAGAAAGGAAAACCAAUUAAUAGAGACUUAGCCGUUGACUCUUUUCGGAGGAGGCCAGACACAAUGCAGGCGGUGCACAAAACUGCACACAGCAGCAAAUGGCUGAUACUGUUGCUCUCAAUGCUGCUCAAUGCCGCCUUUCAGCCGCGCUCGUUUGCCGUGAGUGCCACUGAUGAUGUUGCAAGUGUGUCGCCCUGCGAGAUGGAGUCCAUAAUAAGUCAAUUGAUGAACCCCAGCCCCGAGUAUCAGCUACACGCUUCCGCCUUGCGUAAUCAGCUGAAGAACCUGCUCCGUGAGCGUCAGCUGGCCGUGGGAGAGGAGCAGCCCCUGGGUGAGUACUCGGACUACAUGGAGGAGGACAAGCGCUCAGUGGCUGCCUUGGCCGCACAAGGUCUCCUGAAUGCCCCCAAGAGAAGCCUGGCCACCCUGGCCAAGAACGGACAGCUGCCAACCGCGGAGCCGGGCGAGGAUUACGCCGAUGCAGACUCCGCUGAGCCGAGCGAGCAGAAGCGUUACAUUGGCACCCUGGCCAGAGCUGGCGGAUUUAUGACCUACGGCAAGCGAAAUGUUGGAACCCUGGCCCGCGACUUUCAGCUCCCCAUGCCCAAUGGCAAACGCAACCUGGCCAUGGUGGCGCGUCUUCAGAGUGCUCCCAGUACCCACCGGGAGCAGCCGAAGCGGAAUGUGGCUGCAGUCGCCCGCUACAACUCGCAGCAGCACCACAAUCAGCGCGCUGGAGCCGAGAAACGGAACUUGGGGGCUCUUAAAUCAUCGCCGGUGCAUGGUGUGCAACAGAAGCGCGAGGACGAGGAGAUGAUGCUGCCCGCUGCCGCCCCCGACUAUGCCGAUCCCAUGCAGAGCUAUUGGUGGUAUCCAAGCUAUGCCGGGUACGCCGAUCUCGACUGGAACGAUUACCGUCGGGCCGAGAAACGUUUCCUAGACACUUCCAAGGAUCCCGAGUUGUUCGGCAUUGCGCAUGGCAAUGAUGCUGAGCUCAAUGACGCUGUCGCUGUUGCAGCUGCAGAUGCGGAUGCCGAUGCCGAGGAGCCGGACACGGAGCCAGGGAACGAGCAAUCGACAUCGCCGCAGAAGCGUCACAUUGGGGCCGUGUACCGCUCGGGCUUUCUGCCCAGCUACCGAUACCUUCGCAGUCCCACUGGAGGCGGUGGCGGGCGCUUUAGUCGAUCAGGACGUGACGCCAGGCAAUUUGUCGCGUACUACCCCCAACACGAGCGACUGCGUCAACCCGCAGCCGUUUGUAAACGCUGCUUCCUACCCAAUCAACCGACGAUGAAUUGGAGCGGUGCUGGCAUACGCGGUCGUUUUCCCCAACCAUUUGAGGGCGAGUCUCCGUCUCCCAGCGCCUUUUCUGCCCAAAUGCGAAGCAUCUCGAGCAACUCGCUGCCCACGGGAUCAACGAGGAGCCUCAAGCGCCCACUUUCUCGCUCUGGUGCUCCCGUGUAUCCUCCCUUCCACUCCUGGGGCACUCCGCCGCGCAUUACAGCACUGCAUCGACGCGAAUUUCGACGCAACAUGGACAAUUACGAAUACUAAAUAUCGACAAUAUACAAUACAAUAUACUCUCUAUACAAAUUACGCUAUAUCGAUUACAAUAAUACUGUUAAUGUUAAUGGAACUUUAAACCCUACAGAUCUAAUGUAGUUCCCCCAAAAUUAGUCCACCUACUUGGCAGGCACACACAACUACCGCCGCGAGGUGUAGGUGUAGUUGUGGGUGCCCCAGUCAUCAGUACGUUGUAUCUGUAUCGAUGUAUGAAUAAUAUCUACAAAACUGAAGUAACUGAUAUCAGUGCAAAGCGAAAGAACGUUUAAUAUCAAUGCAAAUCAUAUCGCCAUUUAUGAUUUAUACACUUGAAGAAGAAUAUUAAAUUAGUGCCAAUGUCGUACCUUAGCAGGAAGUGCUAGAGUCUCAAUCUAACUGGAUCGAUUAAUCUAAUAUACCCCUUACCUGAGGAUACCCUUUAGAUGUAUUCCAUUUGAAUUUCUCUCUCCCCCGUCAGUAUUUGAUGUGUAUAUGACAAUAACGAUUCCCUUACUAAAAACAAUAUAUAUGGGAAAACUGCUUAACGACAAUAAAACUUCGGUGAAUAUCUUAUCUAAUUAUAUCAAUAUACACGUAAACAAAUACAUAAUACAUAUAUGUACUUCGGACAAUAAAAAAUAAUGAUAUUGACAAUAAAACAAUGAACUAUUUCAAA